AUGGAACCCAUUUCCUCUUCUCCACAACUCACACCUUCUCCCACUUCCAUUUCUGCAGAGGACAAAUCCGAGGCAAGAACUAUCAUCUGGUGCCCCAACCCCAACGCGCAGCUGGAAAUGCUUCCUCCGGAACUUCGCAUUCAGAUUCUUUUUCUGCUCGGUAUUGUUGAGCUGAAAGCGUUGGUUCGAGCAUCGUCCGUCUUUCACAAUCAGUAUCUGCUCGGUCGUCGGCCUCUACUUUGUACAUGCCUCGAGAGAACACUGGCCGGCGUUACACGCCAUGCGCUGGCCGGAUAUGAAUAUAAAUACAGGUACCCAUAUAAUAAAAUCACUCACCGAGACAGGAUCCUGCGGUCCCUCGAACAUUCCGAAGGCGGCGGACGAUUUUCGAGGGACUUGUCGUUUCUCAUUGGGAAAUAUAACGUAGACCAAGUUGCGGAAAUACUGGGCUGGCUCCUGAAAGGCCGCAGAGCAAUGGGCCCCCUCACGGAAACCGAGACAAUGAGGCUUAUGCGCGGCUUGUAUCUCUUCCAACUAUUCUGCAUAAUUUUCGGUGUCAAUGAGUUCAAAAUAGGAGGCCCGAUGGGUCUCAGCGACCGCGGGAUAAGCUGGUUGAGGACAUUGGAAAAUCCAAUCCAUGCGCUCCUAGAAAGAUUUACCCGCAUAUAUAUGCCUUGGGAAAUCGAGGGAAUUGCCUGUAUCAACGCCUUUGCAAAGGACAAGUUCGACCAGAUAUUCAACCAGGCUGACAUCAACGACGAGUUUAGAAGAGCAACUCUCGUCAGUAGAGCAAUCACCCACGGUCUGGAGCUGCUGCACUCUGCCUACUUCAAAAAAGGAAGUCACAAGCAACUCAUAGAUGAUGUGCACAACAACUAUCUGGCAGAAGGGACUUGCUUUGAAGUCCACCGAGAUGCUUCCAUCUUUCGCUCGUGGCCACAUAGAGGAUGGAACCAUUCUGGAAACCGAGACUUGAGUACGGAAAAGCAUGAGUGGCUGCUCUCUGGCGAGAAUUCUCGGGACCAAGACCAGGAAUGGCAUCCGCCACCAGCCUGGGAAAUCUUACCACUAGGAAACAUGGGAGCCCUGGAGGAAAGUGACGAGUUCUGUCGCUGGGGUUACGUUUUCUGGGAUGCUAAACGCCUUGACCAUACAGGUGCAAGGGGGGUUCUGGAGCGGUUUUACGUGGAGAAAUCCGCGGCGCCUAGCCAUAAUGAUGUUGGGUCUUUCGUUGAUUCUGGAAACGUUGAAGCAAUGUCAUAG